AUGACGGACCACGUCCCGCUCUUACAGGGCAGUUGUUUCUGCCAGGCUGUUUCAUACGCCAUCUCUACCCCUCCGGUUUUGAGCGCGUAUUGUCACUGUUCGAACUGCCAGAGAUUGACUUCGUGUCCAUUCAUUCACACUGUGCAUUUCGACGUUUCUGCGUUCACAUGGACACAUCCAGAACCACACGAGUCUCAGUUAGACUUCUACGACAAUCCCCUCAAGCCGUACAAGCGACGAUUCAGGUGCAAAACCUGCGGCGUUGGGAUUGCGUCGUACAACUCUCACACCAACCGCGUUAGCAUAUGGGGCGCAACCUUGGGUAGAAAUGAGGAAAGGAAGAUUGUUGGGUGGGAUAUUGCGAAGCCAACUGCUCAUAUUUUCUAUGGAACGCGGAUGCUGGAUGUCAAUGACAGUUUGAGUAAAUGGGAGGGAUAUGAAUCGAAAUCAGAAAGAUUGGACUAG